AUGAUAAGAGAGGUUCUCACCUACUGCGCGCAAGCCCUCGCCACCGAAUCCGGCUUCAACUUCUUCUCCGUCAAGGGCCCCGAGCUGCUCAACCAGUACGUCGGCGAAACCGAGCGCAAUAUCCGGCGCCUCUUCCAGCGCGCCGCGGCUUCCGCCCCCGCCAUCAUCUUCUUCGACGAGCUCGACACCAUGGGCAUCACCCCCGACGAGGCGGCGGCGCUCGACGGCUUUGAAAAGCUCGAGGACGUCGUCGUCCUCGCCGCCACCAACAGCCCCGAGAGCAUCGAGCCGGCCCUCCUCCGCUCCGGUCGCUUGGAUCGGUAUCUCUUCGUCGGGCCGCCCGACGCCCGCGAGCGGGAGGAAAUUUUCGCCAUCUACGCCGCCAAGGUCCCCGUCGCCGCUGAUGUUGAUCUCGCUCAGCUGGCCGCCGCUACGGAGGGAUACACGGGCGCCGAUAUUCGGGGUCUCGUCAACGAGGCGGGCCACAUCGUCUUCACCGAGAGGGGCGGCGAUGUCGACGGCGCCGAGAUCGGCCUCCAACACCUCACCAAGGCCAUCGAAUUGCGCGGGCCCUCCGUCACAGACAAGGUGCUCAAGAGAUAUACUGAGUGGAGACCUUCGGACAAUUUCAAAUCUUGA